CCCCGGUGAGAGGAUCUUUUCCUCUCUAUAAAGACAAGAUGCAGCUCAGGGGCUGAUGAGAUGAUCGCACGGAUUUAUGGCUCCGCGCUCCUCCUGACUCCUGACGGACAAAGUGAUCUGGACGGAGCCGACCUUCGACAGUACCGGACCGAGGAACUCUAGAAACACACAGGAGUUCCUACCGCAGGUUACAGCCCGACUGUGAGCAUCUUUUUUCGGUUCUACGACUUUCACGUUGAGACUUCCGUGCGUCGGCGGCGCAGUUCUGAGUGCAGGUGUUUGGAGAGGAGAGUGCGGACAGAUGGCUGCGCUGACGAUACAGAGGACGGACAACUUCUUACACACUUUUUUACAGGACCGGACGCCCAGCUCCUCUCCAGAAGGAGCACCCAACGCCCUCUCCUUCCUGGCCACCACCUGUAGCCAGGCCUGGCAGGUAGGAGGCGGCAUGUGUUCAGAAAGUUCCCAGUUCCCCUACGAAGGCACGGUCAGUUCAGCGUCGGGGAUGUUCCAGCUGUGGAGCAACGAGAUGGCUCCCAGCACAGCUCUCACCACACAUCAGAUGACCUUCACUGUCCCCAAAGUGCAGUUCCCUGGACACAUGCAGUCAAGCCUGGGUCACCACCACCACCACCACCCCCACCACCCACACCACCACCACCAUGAACUGCCUCUCACUCCUCCUGCUGCACCUCCCUCGUCCUACUCGUUUGAACUGUCCCCUGUUAAAGUCCUGUCCUCGCAGCCCCAGACCACUGCUCCGUACUAUUCUCAGCACAACAGCGUGGGACAGAACUUCCCCAGCCUCCUCCAGAACUCCUCCACCAGGCACCACAUGCCCGGUGGCCACGUGGAAGAAGGUCAGCAGUGGUGGAGCUUACCCCAGACCAAUGCCACCCCCUCCAAUCACCCCUUCUCUCUGGGCCGACAGCUGGUUUUGGGCCACCAACCUCAGAUAGCUGCCCUCCUCCAGGGUUCCUCCAAAGGCCUGUUGAGCUCCACGCGCCGCUGCAGGCGCUGCAAAUGCCCCAACUGCCAGGCCAGCGGUGGCACCGUGGAGUUUGGAAAGAAGAGACUGCACAUCUGUCACAUCCCAGAAUGUGGAAAAGUCUAUAAGAAGACGUCUCACCUGAAGGCACACCUACGCUGGCACGCCGGGGAAAGACCCUUCAUCUGUAACUGGCUGUUCUGCGGCAAGAGCUUCACCCGCUCGGACGAGCUGCAGCGGCAUCUGCGCACGCACACGGGGGAAAAGAGAUUUGGGUGCCAGCAGUGUGGCAAGAGGUUCAUGAGGAGCGACCACCUCUCCAAACAUGUCAAGACCCACCAGACCAGGAAGAGCCGGUCUGGACCGAGCUCGGACUCUCUGAUCACCAACAUCAAGAGAGAGUAGACCCCCGGUGGUCUGCUGUGGUAUCAGCAAGGAACGGACUGAGUGGUUCACACUUGGUACAUUAGGUUUGCACUAGAGGGUAAGCAUCAAGCCCCCCCCCCCCCCAGGACAUGUAUGCUUUGAAAAACUUUAGAUCUUGACAUAAGUUUAUCUGUAGAAACCACUCGGUUUCAUCUGUUCUGCUGGAGGCAAAUCACCUCCAGAGAAAACGUCUGCUCACUGACAUUGGGGAGUCACUGUACUUUCCACUAAAACAUUUCAUCAGAACCAAUGCAGAUUAUACGCCUUUAACAUGAUGUGGAAAAUAUUUUUUUGUUGUGUAUAUUUAAUCUUUAUGAAGGAUGUGUCAAAUCAUUGGAGAAAAUCCACUUUAUAUGUUAUUUGUUCAGAAUGAGAAAAAGCCUCAGUGAGUUCAGUGAAUGACUGAACUAAAGACAUUAGAAUUCGGCUGCUGAUAAUUGGACUGAUAAUUUACAAAAAUUCUAAUUUGUCUUAUUCUGCGCAGAUUUUUUUUUUUUUUUACUCUUGGCUUUUGACCCUCAUGCACAGAUCACGUCCUGAUUAAAGCAACAGUGUAAAACACUAGGCGUCCAUGUAAGCAAAUAUUUUAAAAACUUAAAGGUUUCUUGUAAAUUGUGUAUAAACAGCGUUUUAUUGGAGUUGCAUGUACAUUUUAAUAAACACUGUCCUUGAUGGUUCAAUUCCGCUGCCGUUAAUGUUAUUUUAAUUUUCUUCAGCAAAUACCUAAGAGUGACAAUGACAGUGUCAGGUUUCCACCUCCGCUGCAGCUCAUCCAAUAAAUGUGUGAAUCUUUUUUUUUUACACCACGGCUACUAAAGCUCUAACAUUUUAUUUAAAUUGUGAUUCAGAUCACAAAGGCCGCCCCGUUGUGCUGUUGUCCUCCAGAAAGAAAGUCCUAAAGAAUGCCUAACAUGGAGGGCUGUUCAAAGACUUUCACACCUCAGAGUAAAUACUCAUCCCAUUGACGGCGCUGUUUGUCUCGCCCGGCUCCAAUCAAGUUCACAGUCAUGUGGCUUUUUCAUGAGUGUUUUCUCUCGUUUCAAUGCAGAAGAUUGAGUCAACAGAUGCAACAGAGGGCACAGGAGAAGAAUUCCUUCUGAAUAGGACCCCUGUUGUUGAGACCCCCUCAGUGGUGACAGGAACUCCCUUUGAUUUUGCACCCUUGUGAAAGUUAAUACCCUUUCUGCCCCCUCCCCUCCGCAGCCCCCCAUAUAUCACAGCCGUGUUACGAUCCACUCUGCUUUACUGCCCAGAAUGGGGCUUUAUUCUGAGGCCAGCCAACCAGAUGUCAGCUCAUCCAGGGGUUUCUUCUCUUUGUUUUUAAUCCUGUUUGAACUUUCUCCAAGGGGGAUGCCAAAGCAAGCAAGAUACACCGCCUUUGUCUUUGUCAGAAAAGUCCCUCAGUGGAGUCUGGAGACGCCUGCUGUGGUGUAAAACUUUUAUUUUACAAUUAGUGCACGUCAAGAAAUAAAUCAGAAGGUUAUGAAUGCUUCUAUGAGUAAUCUUCAUACACAGAACUAAAGUACAAGAUAGGUGAAAAAAGGUUUUUAUUUGAGCAUUUUACGGGGUAUUUGAUCCAGUCUGGGCCGUAACUGAACCAGUUUUUACUGAGUGUUUCUAGACUUCUUCGUUGUUUUCUAUUUGAAGAAGGAAUUGUUUUAUUUGUUAUUCGACCUAGAUACACUGACAUAAUCACUCAAUGGAAUGUACCCCCUCUAUUUAACCAACUAACCAGAGACAGGAAAAAAUGUUACGAUACUUUAUUUACUUUUACAUUUUUUCUUCAAGGCUACUUAUAUGACACUUAGAAAUCAAACAUCUGAUUUUUAAAUUUUAACAUUUUAACAUUUAAUCUA